UCCAGAGAAGCUGCCACUGCCCAGCACUCCAGCAGCGAGCGAGCGAGCGAGCGGCUAUGGGGAGCGUGCCGGAGGAGAUCGCCCUGGGCUUCGGCGGCCUGGUGGGGGACCUGCGGGAGGUGUACGAGAGCGGCAGGACCCGGGACCUGGAGUGGCGCCACUCGCAGCUCCGGGGCCUCGUCAGGCUCCUCGAGGAGAAGGAGGAGGACAUCUUUGACGUGCUCCGCGAGGACCUCGGCAAGCACCGCGCCGAGUCCUUCCGGGACGAGGUUGGGGUUCUGAAGAAGUCCAUCGUCGACAAGCUGCAGAACCUCAAGAACUGGGCGGCACCCGAGAAGGCUCGCACGCCGCUGGUUGCCUUCCCGUCGACCGCGCUGGUGGUGCCGGAGCCGCUCGGGGUCGUGCUCAUCUUCUCCUGCUGGAACCUCCCAAUAGGCCUGGCCCUGGAGCCGCUCUCCGGAGCCUUGGCGGCCGGCAACGCCGUGGUGGUGAAGCCGUCCGAGCUCGCGCCGUCCACCUCCGCGUUCCUGGCGGCUAACAUCCCAAAGUACCUGGACCCCAAGGCCGUGAAGGUCGUCGAGGGCGGGGCGGACGUCGGGGAGAAGCUCAUGGAGCACAGAUGGGACAAGGUCCUCUUCACCGGCAGCAGCCGUGUCGGCCGCCUCAUCAUGACGAAGGCCGCCAAGCACCUGACCCCGGUGGCGCUCGAGCUUGGCUCCAAGUGCCCGUGCAUCGUCGACUGGCUCGAUAGCAACAGGGACAGCCAGGUAGCUGUGAAUCGCAUUAUCGGGGCCAAAUGGUCCACCUGCUCGGGCCAAGCUUGCAUCGCCAUCGACUACGUGCUGGUCGAGGAGGAAUUUGCGCCCAUUCUGAUCGAGCUGCUCAAGUCGACCCUGAAGAGGUUCUUCACCAAGCCGGAGUACAUGGCGCGCAUCCUGAACGAGAAGCACUUCAACAGGCUGCGCGACCUCCUGGCGGACCGCAGGGUGUCGGCCUCCGUGGUGCACGGCGGACACUGCAACCCCAAGACACUGAGCAUCGAGCCCACGCUGCUGCUGAACCCUCCGCUCGACUCCGACAUCAUGACGGAGGAGAUCUUCGGCCCGCUGCUCCCCAUCAUCACGGUGAAGAAGAUCGAAGACAGCAUCACGUUCCUGAAAUCGAAGCCGAAGCCGCUGGCGAUCUACGCCUUCACCCGGAACGAGAAGCUGAAGCGCCGGAUCAUCGAGGAGACCUCGUCCGGGAGCGUCACGUUCAACGACGCCAUCGUGCAGUACGGCCUGGACAGCAUCCCGUUCGGCGGCGUCGGGCACAGCGGGUUCGGGCAGUACCACGGCAAGUACUCGUUCGAGAUGUUCAGCCACAAGAAGGCGGUGCUCAAGAGGAGCUUCCUCAUUGAGUUCCUGUUCCGGUACCCGCCCUGGGACGAGAGCAAGAUCGGCAUGCUCAGGCACGUCUACCGCUUCGACUACGUCUCGCUCUUCCUCGCGCUGAUCGGCCUCAGGAGAUGAAGAAAGAAACCCAGCCGGGGGAAGAGGCCGGUGGUGACUGAUGAAUAACCGAGCAAACACAAAGUUGCCCCUGCCGUUGCUGAUGUUCAAGUGCGUGAGCAGCAACGGUUACUUAUGGAUCCGUUUAGACUGGUUGAUUAUUGUGUAAAUGUGCCCUGUAUACGCCAAAGCCUCUACAUUAUCAGUUUAUAUAAAUUCCCGUCAGUUAUUGCACCAA